AUGGCCUCUGACAGGUCGUUCACGACACCCGCCUCUCACUUCCGCUCUUUGCACAAGUCUGGCGACCCUCUGAUCUUGAACAAUGUCUGGGAUAUACCCUCUCUGAAUGCUGUUCUGUCUCUGAAUAGAACAGAAACAGACACGAUCCCACGUCCUGUACGUGCGAUAGCUACAGCGUCUUAUGCCAUCGCAGAAUGUCAAGGGUUCCGCGAUGAAGAGUUGUCGUACGAGCAGAACCUUGCUGCUAUUGCCCGACUUGCGCCAGUAGUGAGAGCUGCAGGUUUGCCACUGUCCGUAGAUUUGCAGGACGGGUAUGGCAGCCGACUGGAGGAGGCAAUCAAAGAGGUUAUCAAACUCGGUGUUGUGGGAGUUAAUAUCGAAGACGUGAAAGGCGACACUCAGAAACUGUACAGUCUCGAAGAAAAUGUCAGCCGCCUCAAGAGAGCCAUAGCAACCGCCGAACAAGCAGGCUGCCCGGAUUUUGUCGUUAACGCGCGGUGCGACGUCUUCCUUGCGUGGCCUAACGACGAUAGCGCAAGGCUUAUCCAGGAGACUAUUACAAGAGGCAAGGCGUAUCUAGCUGCAGGAGCUACAACCGUAUUUGUUUGGGGUGGUUCAAAAAGGGGACUUCGAACCGUCGAGGUGGAAGAGUUGUCAAAGGCUUUCGAGGGGAGGCUCGCUGUCAAGCUAGGCUGGGCGGACGACGCAUUGACUAUUGGGGAGCUGAGCAAGAUCGGUGUAGCAAGAAUUAGUGUUGGGCCAAGCCUGUAUCUCUUGAGCACGGUGGCUAUAAGGGAAGCUGCCAAGACGAUGUUCACCAAGGGAAAGCUCAGGCCUGAUGAUGGGAUGAAGUUUGAAGAUAUGAUGGCCGCUUUGGGGUCCAUGAGGGGUUGA